UUGUUGCUGGCCAAUCACAGAGCGGGAUCUGUUUGACAACAACUUGUGGCCAAACUUUGAACCUCAAAUUGCGAAGAAAUAAGAUCUUUGUGUUUACAAACUAUCUACGUCCAAUGGUUUAAGUGAAGUAAAAGUGUCUUGCUCCUUAAGAAGUCUAGACGUAAAUGAGCAUCGAUUCUGAAAACAUAAUGGAGGAAGAUGACAGUGAAUGGGAUACAGGACCAACAAUUGAAGAAAUUAUAUCUUCAGCGGCAAAAAGGAAGAGUAAAUUGGGGCUGUCUGGUGGACCACUAUUUUUACGUAAAGCAACAAGUCAAAGCCGGGCGAGUUCAUCACCAGAGGGAGAACAAGUGACACAGUCAAAAACUACUGACCUCAGGACUUACACAUCAGCCAGCAAAGUAUUGGAGAAAGAGAGUUUGAAGACUGUGAAUGAUGCAGGUAUUUCAAAUAACUCUGAAGGAUUACAUCCAGAAAAUUGCCCCAAAAAUAAUGCUAAUUGGUCUGCAAAAAAGCAAGGUGAUAGAUAUGGUUCAAAUAUGCAACGCUCUGUGUCAACACCUGACUUGAAAAGUAGAUAUUUGAUUAAAGUGUCAACAAAUACAACAGUGGGCAAUGGAUUGGAAAAAUAUUCAUCUAUCAGCUCUUCCUCUGAAAGUCUAAAACAGGUUCGGAGUGGACAAGAAGAUAAGGAGAACAAAAAAACAAAUGUCAUCUCUCUCAGUCCUGUUAGUGAGAAUGAUAAGAAGAACACAUUGAAGCUAACAAGCAAACCUCCUUGGAAAGAAGAGUCCUCAGUGAAUAAAAUUGAAAUCAAGAAAUGUAACACAAAGACUGACCAACAACAUAUUAAUUGUCUAAUGAAGAGGGAACUUUCCAUUUCUAGUGUAGAUGCUGGUAAUGAAAUCCGUCCUCCCAAGAUAGCCAAUAUUCGUUCUUCACCUCUCACAAUGCAAAAUAAUUUAUCUGGUGUUUUUUCCAACUCACAACAAACUGCUGAAAGUGAUGUAAAAAGAAUAGUAAGUGCUGGCCAGCAGAUUAUGAAAGCCUCUUCAAAUACACCUAUAGGUGAACAUCAUACAAAAAGGUCUUCAAGUACUUCAGGUACUAAAUUGACAAGUCUGAAUAUUGGAGAAUCAUCAAAAGGUCAGUAUCUUGGUGGAUCACAUGUUCAAAAUUCAGAUAUAGCACAGGAAAAUAGUGCAUCUUCACGUCAAGCUACAGAUUGUGGUUACAGUUCAGGCAACUUCAAUAAUAACUCAACUCAAAGUACUGGUCAUAGUUUGGGUGGUAAAUCCUUAAACUUGAAACCACCCAGAAAUGCUCUACCACUCAGAUCCCCUGCAUCAAAUCCAAAGUUUGACCAUCUGGAAGUUAAUGGGCGCGAGUUUUUGAAAUUAAAACUUCUGGGUAGAGGAGGUUCCAGUAAAGUUUACGAGGUUCUUGAUUUAGAAACCCGUGAAACUAAGGCUAUUAAGGUUGUGGAAUUAGAAGGACUGGAUGAACCAACACUGAAAUGUUAUGAGAAUGAAAUAGCAAUUUUAAAGCGCCUCCAGUGGUCUGACAGAGUCAUUAAAUUAUAUGAUUUUGAAGUUACAGCAACUCACUUAAAGCUUUUGAUGGAGAAAGGAAACCAAGAUAUGGCAUCUGUUUUGAGUGAGGUACGCGGCAGUCAGAGAGCACGUAUAUCCCCGUUUACUGUCAAGCACUAUUGGCAGGGCAUGUUGUUAGCUGUUCAAGCAAUACACAAUGAAGGUAUCAUUCAUUCUGACCUCAAGCCAGCCAACUUUGUACUGGUUAAUCAAACGGUUAAGCUAAUUGACUUUGGCAUUUCUUCUUCAAUCCAGCAAGAUAUGACAAGCAUUGUAAAGGACAGUCCAGGUGGAACUUACAACUACAUGAGUCCUGAAUCCACAAUGGAUGCCCACAGUGGUUUAGCAUUUUUUAAUAAUGCAGGAAAUAAGUUGACUGUUAAGAUUGGUGUAAAGUCUGAUGUUUGGUCAUUGGGUUGUAUUUUGUAUAACCUAGUGUAUGGAAAGACACCUUUUCAGCAUAUUGUUAAUCCUUUACAAAAGCUAACUGCAAUAUCAGAUCCAAAAACAAAGAUAACUUUUGAUGGAAUAGAAGAUAAGGAGCUUCAGGAUGUGAUGCAGCUUUGCUUACAAUAUGAUCCUCGUAAAAGACCCAGUAUUCAGCAGCUACUCAACCAUCCUUAUUUAACUUCUGGUUCCCACUCGGGUUCAUCAACACCAAGAAAAGAUUCUCAGAUUAAGUCAGCAGUAGAUCAAUUAGCAAAGCUCACACCCAAUAGUCUUCAGAAAAUUACUUCAAUGAUGCAGAAGAUGAGACCAAACCAGUGAGUCUCCAAGCUACAAGUAUGUGGCAAAGGACUAUUUCAUGUGAGAAGGGACUAACGGGAGUGCAGUACAUAUUAUUUUUUAGUGUUUUGUUUUUGCUUGUAAAGAUAUUAAUUGAUCAAGCAUUUGCUUUUAGGAUUUUUUUUUUUUUUGUAGCAUAUAUUAUAUAUAGCAUAUUUGAUUUAUAUUAUUCUAGGUAUCCUUCAUGACUGUCACUUAUGUUCAAUAUCUGUUCCAGAGUCCUUACUCAAGAUAUUUUUGAGACUUGUAAGCUUUUGUAUAGAAAAAUGUAUUUGUAUGUCUUGAAUUAUAUUCAUUCUUCACUUGACUGAAUAUAUUUUUAUAUGACUAUAAAGUUUAGAAUUGAA